AAAUUCUUUCAAUUGAUCAUCAUGGAAAUCUUCUACUACUUUGUGCGUGCCUCUCUCAGAAAUUCUUUUACUAGUUUAUGACUAAUUAUAAAAAAUUCCAAUUCUCAAUCGGGUAAUAAUCUCGAACGCGGCCCCUGAACUAUCUGCGCCUAGUCACCGGAGAUUGCUCUUUAAAGCAAACUCGCACAGAGAUAGAAAUUCCCGACACGUCGUACGUAUAAAAGAAUUAACAGACAAACUCGUUAGAAGCAUCUUCAAGAAAACAGGCGGCCUCCCUUGCUGAUCUUAGAAUCGAGGAUAGAUGUUUCGUUGUCAUCUCUCCUCUUGUUCUCGAAACUUCUCAGAAUUGUAAAGUUGAUUUCCACACUUGCGUCAAGGGCUUGUAGAAGUGUUACAGUUGCGAAAAAAAACUGUGUUUGACCGAUGUAACUGGUGAUGAAUUUGGGGCUUUGGUUACGGGUCAGUCCAUGACCUGUGGGGUUUUGGAGGGAAAUUGAUGGCAGCCGUGAAUCCGCAACCUUUGCAGGCGCGUCCAUUCGAGAAACGCGUGCGGGACUCAGUACCAAUGGAGGACGACGACGGUGACUAUGAGGAUGGGGGUGCUAGUGGUGAUGCUAUGGAUGACUUGGAAGAGGGAAAUAUUAGUUCAGUGACUGUGCCAAACGACGGAGGAGUUGUUACGACUUCCCGAACUAGUGAGCUCACUCUCUCUUUCGAGGGUGAGGUUUAUGUGUUUCCUGCUGUGACACCGGAAAAGGUGCAAGCUGUUUUGCUGCUUUUGGGAGGACGUGAUGUGCCUGCAUGUGCUCCUUCUAUUGAAGUACCAUUUGAUGAAAGCAACAAGGGCAUAGGUGAUACUCCUAAGCAGUUGAACCUUUCAAGAAGAAUAGCCUCCUUGGUUAGGUUCCGUGAAAAACGCAAGGAAAGAUGUUUCGACAAGAAGAUUAGGUACUCUGUGAGAAAAGAAGUGGCGCAAAGGAUGCAUCGCAAGAAUGGGCAAUUUGCAUCCUCUAAAGAGAGUCCUGGUUCAUCUAAUUUGGAUUCUGCGGAAAGCUUUCAUCAGGAUGGCACUCAUUCCGGAACUUUACGUAGAUGUCAACAUUGUGGUGUUAGUGAAAAUAAUACUCCUGCAAUGCGUCGUGGUCCAGCUGGACCAAGGACUCUAUGUAAUGCAUGUGGCCUUAUGUGGGCAAAUAAGGGAACACUCAGAGAUCUCAGUAAGGGAGGGAGAAAUCUCUCUGUUGAGCAAAGUGAGCUGGAGACUCCUCUUGAAGUCAAACCUAUUAUCCUGGAAGGAGACUUGCUUGGCAUCCAUGACAAGCAGGGAAUUUCUGAAGAUCCUUCCAAGGCCGUUGCUGAAGGAUCUAAUAAUCAUGCUGUCAACCCAAGUGAUGAGGAAUUGCGGUCUGGUGAAUGCUUACCAAACGCACUGUCAUCAGGCUUUGUGCAUUCUUCAGCAAAUGAUGAGGAGCAGGAACCUCUGGCUGAGCUUUCUAAUCCUUCCGACACAGAUAUUGACAUUCCUGGAAACUUCAACUAGAAGGUAUGAGGUGCUUUAUAAUGUCAAGGAGUUGUAAAUACUUCUCCGGUCCUAAAUAUAAGACUUUUUUUGCAAUGUAAUUCUCAUUACAAAGAAAUCUUAUAUUUAGGGCUGGAAGAAUACUAAAUAUAGUAUCUGUACUAAUGGGAUCUGGCGAAGUGGUACGUGUUGAAUGAGACACCUGAGAGGCGUCAAAUCAAGUAAUGAUUGAAUAUAGUGCUAAAAAAUGUUGAAGUUCUCCCAUUAUCCGCCUCGAGGGGUUGUGAAAAAUAUGGCACAUCAUAUAGGGUCUUGGACUUGUUUAAUCAAACCUGAUUUUGAUGGUAAAAAUCAUCACAAGAAAUCGGAUGAAUCUUCAGCUGUGUACAAGUCUGAAGAAUGGACGUUGCUUGCAGCGGCUAAUUUGGAUGUUGAAUUUAGCAGGGUCAUAAUUAAUUAUUCUGACACGUCUUGAGUAUAGAUUUCCACUGGUGGGAUCGGGCUGAGAAAGAAGAAGCUUUGGAUCCGUUAUCUAUGUCCAAUCAUCUGUACAUAUACGUAAAAGGGUAGAUUAGUUUGUGUUGUGGUCUCUUGUUCUAUUUUUUUUUUUAAUAUAUUGUAUUUAAGGUAGAUGUACAUUAUGGUGCCAAAAAUCGCUAUAAUCAAUCAUCAUUGGCACCACUAUUUUUUAGGAUAAGUCAGGCGUAUGGUUAAAAAUUGAUUUGCUUCCUUGUCAAGUGUCAUUCAACACCGGUUUGCUCAGCUGUAACAUCUGUGGUAUUUUACAUUGAAGUUUGAAUAAAAAUGUCGUGAAUACUGAAAUAAUGAUUAUCGUU